CUUAAACGCUACCGACGAACAAUUAGGGUUUCAGACUUACAGUUCUGGACUCCAACUCAAACUGGAGAAACAAAAAAAGCUCAAAUGGAGCAGUAGCUAAUUCGAUUUUCCAGAUUUUUCUUGAACUUAUGUUCCGUCAGUUUUGAGAUUUCUUCUUUCUUCUUAUUGGCAUCGGUGAUGAGUUGAUAAAAAAAUCGUUAUCCUUGCACUUUGAUUCACAGUGAAGAAAAUCAUGGGGAUUUAUCACUCUGAGAUGCUCUUGAUGUGUUCUUUUUUUUUUUUUUUUAUCAUCAUUUGAAAAAAAAUUGGAUUUUUUUGGUUAUUUCAAUUCAAUUGUGGAGAUCAAGGUGUGCGUGCUCUUUUUCUUUUGUUUUUCUAUCCAUUUUCUGGAUCAAUGAUGUUUCUGAUAUUCUGCGUUAUCUAUCUGCAAAUUAUUCAAAUUGAAGAUAACUAUAACAUGCUGAGAUCCUUGACUAUUACUUUUCUAGUGAAAAGAAAUUUGUGUGUUUGCUUAUUGCCUUUUUAAAUUAUUCUCUUAUAUUAGAAGAGGAAAAUCAUUUUAUUUAGUCCUGUUUUUAUUGCUCGCUGGAGAUGAAACCAAAAAGUUUUGAAUAGUUUGUUGGUGCCACAGAACUGAAUAUUUUUUUUCUGGGUUUUCAUGUAUGUAUGUUUAUCUAUUUUUGUUUUUGGGAUUUUACUUAAUUGUUCAAACAUUGGCAUUCAUGCUGUACACUGUAGUUGGAUCGAUGAUGUUCAGUAGAAACUGCGUUAUCUACCUGCAAUUUCUUGUUGGAAUUGAAGAUUUCUGUAAAAUUAUUCUGAGGUCCUAUCUGCUUAAUAUAGCCCUGUUAAGAAUUACAGGUCCUUGCACAGUUGUUCUGGGUGUUGCUUAUGCGAUUUUAUGAGUUUUUUUUUGUUAGUUUGGCUUGGUGUCCUCAAGAGGAAGGAGUGUCGAUCACCAUCACGGAAUACAUUACUUUUAUCUCAAAUCAAUAUGGAUUUAAUAUGCCUUUUCAUGUCUAAAAUUAAACUGAAAGUGUGAAAUAUUUAUGCGAAGUCCCCUCACCCCUUGUGAGCAAAUGAAAGAAUGUGGAAUUCAAAAAGUUUCAUGCUCGUUUAAUGGGAAGCGGAUGAAGCCUAUGCCAUUUCAAGUGGCAUUGAAUCAAGAAAUCUAUAAUGCACUUAGGCGUGUGUUUUGUCACGGUUGACCACUUCAUUUUGAAUACUCGAGCAUAUUGAACAGAUAGGGGAAUGUUGGAUGGCUCGUUUAAUUUCAGAUUCUGUCAUUGCGAAACAAUGGGUGCAAACGGUGUGCUUGAAGAUGGGUGAAUGGCCAAAUGGUAUGAAAAGCAAUGGCAUGAUCUUCAACCAGCCACUGCCAAGAAGAAUCAGGAGUAACGCUUGAGAACUUCUUACGUAGGGUACUCGUUUCUCAUUGAAAUUUUGAAGUCGUGGACUAAUCAAGUCCACAAAUGUGCCCUUGAUUUUCUACCACUCGUUCAAAACGAGCUAGCCCCUCCUCCAAGCAGCGUCCUUGGUAGAAUACUCCAGAGUGGAAAAUCUUCAAGCUCAUCUCCAAGUAUGGCACGAUAAAUAUCACGUCCUUCCCAGAACCCACACCUAGAACUUUGUCUUGUUUUCAAAAAUGGGAUUGAUUCUUGGAAAAAUCACUGUGGAAACCCCAGCUUAUGAAGUGAUUAAGUCCACCAGUGAAUAUGAAAUCCGCAAAUAUGCACCGUUGGUUCUUGCAGAAUUCACUUAUGAUCCAUCCCAAUUCAAAGGCAACAAAGAUGGCGGAUUCAUGGUGCUCGCUAAUUACAUAGGCGCCGUCGGCAAUCCGCAAAACAACAAGCCUGAAAAGAUAGCCAUGACAGCUCCAGUUAUAACCAAAACUGGUGGUGAAAAGAUUGCCAUGACAGCUCCUGUGGUGACAAAGGAGGGUGCUGAAGGGAAGAAGUUGGUCACCAUGCAGUUUUUGUUGCCGGCCAAGUAUAAGAAGGCGGAGGAUGCGCCGAGGCCAACAGAUGAGAGGGUGGUGAUAAGGGAAGAGGGGGAGAAGAAGUAUGGGGUGGUGAAAUUUGGAGGUGUAGCUACGGACAAAGUGGUGGAGGAGAAGGUGGAGAAGCUGAAACAGAGCUUGGAGAGAGAUGGGCAUAAGGUUGCCGGGGAAUUCGUGCUGGCGAGGUAUAAUCCGCCUUGGACUUUGCCUCCUUUCAGGACUAAUGAGAUACAGCAGUUUACUGUUUCAGCCUCUCAGUUGAAGAACCAGCAGCUGAAGAGCUGAAAAUACUUUUAAUCAGUCCCACUCCAAAUAACAGAUGAUGGUGUUCAACGAUAUGAAAAUCAUAAUCUUGCAAAGAAGACAAACACCCAUUUGAUUCAAGUCAACAAAUCACAGGAAGAAGCAAGGGGACAUGAUUCACACAAAUCUCAAUCAAUAAUCAAGCAAGCUGCUAAGAAAGACAGCCUCAUUCCUCUAUCAAAUCAAAACGAGCUAGCUAAAACAAUUGACGUUGGUUAAAAUUGGAACUCGAGGCUUAUGGCUGUUGGCGACAAAACUCCAGUGCCAUUGAAAUAAAACUCAUGAAUAAAUACUUCAUAUUUUAUUAUAAUGAUCAAUGAACAGAAGAACUUAGACACAAUUCAAAAUUCCAUCAUGCUACCACCCAGUUAACAUUACUCAUACCAAUAAGUUGAAGUUUAAUACCAAAUCAAGCUUGCAAAAAAUCAGGAUCAAGACACAGGAAAAUCUUAUAGUGGAUGCUUUCUUUUUGCACAAAAAUUGAUGUGUCUGGCUUAUGAAUCUUGAAUUGUCACUGUAAAAAAACAGUAUUCGUUUGUUUGAAAUUAAAAUUUUUUUUUGAAACA